GUCGCGAAUUGUUUGGGUUUGGAUUUGUAUUUGUCUCCAGGAACACAGAUAUCUUCUUAGUAUGGAGACAGAUGAGUCAAUUGACCAGUUGAGGACUGAUUUGUUAAAGGCUCAAAUCACACUAUCCAAUAUCAAUCUCCUCCAAGCAUCUAAGUGGUGUGCUGAAGCCAUUAAUGGGUUAUCAAAUGCAUCAAAUAUCACUCAAAUUCCUACACUCGAAUUUGAUCCAUAUGACUUGCAAGAUUAUUCUAGGUUUAUAUUGGCAAAAUCUUACUUUGAUGUCAAGGAGUUUGAUAGAUGUGCUCACUCACUAGUGGGAUGUAAGAGUGGGAAUGCUGUUUUCUUGAAGUUAUACUCAAAGAUUCUUUCACUCGAUAAAAAGAUGGCUGAAGAAAAUGAUGGAUCAGAUUUGAAUUCAAAGUUGUCAAAAAUUAUCCAGGAGAUAGAGAGUUUCAACUCAUCCAGUAACCCAAACCACUUUUUAUACUAUUUACUAGGAAUAAUUUACAACAAAAAGAGGAACUACAAGUUGGCUCAACGAAAUUUGUUAGCGGCCCUAAAGUUGUUCCCAUAUAAUUGGUCUUGCUGGCAAGAGUUGAUCAAUUCAAUAAUAGAUUUUGAUGAAGCUAUGGAGUUGCUCAAUAAGGUCAAAAGUUCAAAGUCGUCUUUAAACCCAAGUAUAAUGUUCAACUUCUUCGAAGUGGUGUUAUUACAAGAAUUCUAUCAGCAAUCAGUCGAUGUCAAUCAAACUCUUGAAAAAUUAUUAAGCAUAUUUCCAAACUUCAAUUUCUUGAAGAUUCAAAAGUUUUUAAUAUGUUAUCAUUCUUUGGAUUACUAUCAAGCGGAGCUGAUUUUUGAUCAGAUUCUUGAAGAUGAUCCCUUACGGAUUGAUGAUUUGGACACUUACUCCAACAUGUUAUAUGUUAUGGAAAAGAAAUCAAAACUAUCAUUUUUGGCCCAAUAUUCGUCUAACAUUGAUAAGUUCAAACCAGAAACCUGCUGUAUUAUCGCCAACUAUCAUUCUAUGAAAGGUGAACAUGAAAAGGCUAUCAUGUAUUACAAAAGAGCAUUGAUAUUAAAUAAAAACAGUCUAAGUGCUUGGACUUUGAUGGGUCAUGAGUUUGUUGAACUUAAGAAUAGUCACGCAGCUAUUGAAAGUUAUAGAAGAGCUGUGGAUAUUAAUCCCAAAGAUUUCAGAGCCUGGUACGGGUUGGGACAAGCAUACGAAGUUCUAGAUAUGCAUUUGUACUCCUUGUACUAUUAUCAAAGAGCCACAAAUUUGCAACCAACUGACAAGAGAAUGUGGCAAGCAAUUGGAAACUGUUACGAAAAGAUAGGGAAGUUUGAUGAAUCAUUGAAAUCUUUCAAAAAGGCGUUAAGCAUUGAUAAUACCAAUAAACCACAAGAAAGUCAUGGAAGCUAUGAUCCUUACAUUUGCUAUAAACUUGCCAGCAUUUACGAGAAGAUUGCUUCUGUAAAAGAGUGUUAUAAGUACAUGAAGCUAUGUUUUGACCAAGAGCUUGACUGGGGAAUCACCGAUGAAACAUCCAAAGCGAGAUUGUGGUUAGCUCGCUAUGCGCUAGAGUUGAAGAAAUACGAGGAAGCAUAUGAAUUAACCAAGGAUUUGAAUCAUAAUAAUGCCCAUGAUAUUGAAGAAGCUAGAGCCAUUGCUAGAGAAGCAAGAAACAGAAUGAACAAAUAAUCAAAUAACCAUAGAACAAGAGUGUAUUAAAGUAUUAGGGUUGAUUAGAUUAGAGAUUAUUAAAUAAAAUAAGAUAAAAUAGAAUGAUCCCAAGAAUCUUAGCUCUGAUCAAGUAUAAGCUUGGGAUAUGUGAUAUGGGUAUGUAGUGAAGAUCAGUAAACCUUCAUCUCGGACGUUAAGGUGUCCAAACUGGAUUCUCUAUUGAUUGAACCACAAACAGUGUUGACGGCGCCAUUAAUAGUUCUUAUCAACAAGCUUAGGUCUUCAAUGGAAACUCCUGUAUUGGCAUAAACCAUCAACCUUGGUUUGGCAACAGGAAGAUGUUCAUGCACCAAAAGAUUUUUGGACCUUGAGAUGAGAAUAUUAGAACUUGCCAACACUUGAUCGACUAUCUUUUGCAAGAUAAAGUUUUCUAAAUUGUAUUUUUCAUCAAAAGGGUUGUUAUAUUUAGAUCUCCUAGCAGUCGUCAAAAAGCUAGUGUUUCCAUAAAAUUCAGGGAGAUUUAUGGCUUCUCUGAAAGGUCCCUUUAAGCUCAAUUGGAUAACCGGGGAGUUGAUGUUUGAAAUAACCUCAACAAAAUUAGAAUCUUUGAUGGCAGAAGAGAUCCCCUCGUGAAGAAAUUUGGUGUUUUCAUGUAAUUUGGAAAUUAAAAUAGAUUUUCCAUUUGAGUUUAACUUUUUGAUUUCUUUAAUUGCUUGACAAGCAACUUUAGCACAAUAAGGGGGUAAAGAGGCACUGAAAACAUAAGCUAAAGAAGAUAAUCUUUGAUGAUGGACCAUUGGACUUGCACCAACACAAAAUCCACCCGAACUUGCUAAAGAGUUGGCCAAGGUUCCCACAGUGAUGGAGACGUCAGACCUAGGAAUGCCAAAAUAUUCAGUGAUACCUCUUCCAGUGUUACCUAAAACCCCAAUAGAAUUAGACUCAUCCAAAAAUAACCUGUACUUGUACUUCUUUCUUAAUUCAACCACCUUAGGUAAGUCCAACAAAGAGCCACCAUUGCUGAAGAUUGCCUCAGUGACAAUGAAUCUUCUUUUAAGUGGUUUUUGUUUGUCUAAAGUAGGAGUGAUCUCUUUCAAUAAGUUCUCCAAGUGCUUCAUAUCAUUGUGGUGGUACCAUUCGAUUUCACAACGACUAACAACCAAAGCCUUUUGAAUAGCAAUAUUGACACCUGUAUCAACCACACAAACGUCACCUCUUUUAACAAAAGCCGGUAAUACUGAACUUGGAGUCACAAAGUCUUGACCAUAUAAAAUGGAGUUCUCUCCAUGCAAGUAAUCAGUCAAGUCUUCUUCCAAUCUGACAUGGAAAUCUUGAGUACCGUAGAAGUUUGGUGCAGAGCAGGCACCGACACCGCUAUAGUUAAUGACACUCUUAGCGAUAGUUUUGAGUUCUUCACUCUCAUUCAAAUUCAAAAAGUCAUUGCUAGCCAAGUUCACAACAUCCUUAGCCUUGUUCAAGUUUUCCAAUUGUAUACGAGCACCAUUGUGGCCCUUAACCACAGGAAGUGAUUUCAUUUGCCACUUCUCAAUAGGAGUGACUUCAUCAACGAUUUCAACAGGAUUCCAUUCAUCAAUCAAUUCAUCGAUCUCACGCUUAGACAAGGUGACCAAGUCACUCUUGUUUUCCUUUCUUCUGGAAUUAAAGAAGUAGUAAACCCCAAAGAGAAAUAGUGCCAAUUCAAAGAGCGAUCUGACGGGAUCAUCUUUGUAGGAAGCCUUGAUGUACCAUAAUAACCAAUCUCCACCUGGAACUUUACCCAAGUAGUUCAAGUAGUGAACAAAGGUAUCAGCCAAGGUAUUGCUAAGACUCUCGAGCGUCGGAGGUAAAGUUGUGGUUUGGAUUGUGGUGGUAGUUUUUGUGGUGGUAAAAGUGAAUUCACUUUCAGGAGACAUGUUUCAGGUGCUUGAAUCGAUAACAAUAAUAGGGGUUCGGAACGUCAACUAAUAUGACAAUAGUUCAAUCAAAGUAUGAGAGUAUGCCCAGAAUUAUUGGGAUGGAUACUGUGAAUUAAUGAAUGUAUGCCAAUAAUGAGGACUAUUACAAAUGGAGGGGGUUAACUUUUUUCCGUCGGUAAAUAAUAUGAUCAAGAAACUGUUAGGCCAGUA